AUGGCGGCCUUCCUACCCCUGCUGGCUCUGCUCUUCCUGGGGGCCCAGGCCCAGCAUGGCUCCCAGUGGACCUACUCGGUGCAGAUCAGCCUGCCCCCCACCAUGCGCAUGACGGCCGCCAAUGGCACCGAGUACAUAGCCAAGCAGAUGCACUUUCACUGGGGCGGUGAGUCCUCAGAGAUCAGCGGCUCCGAGCACACCAUCGAUGGGAUCAGAUAUGUGGCCGAGGUUCAUAUCGUUCACUACAAUUCUAAAUACAAGAGCUAUGAUAUAGCCCAGAGCGCACCGGAUGGCUUAGCUGUGCUGGCAGCCCUCAUCAAGGUCGAGGAUUACGGUGAAAACACGUACUACAGCACCUUCAUUUCUCAGUUGAACAACAUCAGGUAUCCAGGACAGAGCACAGUUCUGAGUGACCUUGACAUUCGGGACAUGCUCCCUGAGAACGUGCAUCACUACUACAGCUACAAAGGGUCACUCACCACUCCUCCCUGUACUGAGAACGUCUACUGGUUUGUGCUGGCAAGUCCCAUCAUGUUCUCCAGGGCACAGGGUUGGAAGCUAGAGAAUUCCAUAUUGGAUCACCAGAACAAGACCCUCCACAAUAUCUACCGCAUGACCCAGCCCCUGAACAACAGAGUGGUGGAAACCAACUUCAUGAAUCUCCCCAACGAGUGUUCUGAGUUCCAGCUUUACCUAACCAAGUUUGACAAUAAGCUCGAAAACUUGAAGAGUCUUCCUGAAAACAAGAAAGCGAAGGAACACCACCAAGAGUAG